AUGCUUGCCAAGCCCAGGAGAAGCCCGGGCGUCCCUGGGCACUGCGGAGGCCGCCCUGCGGGACUCUAUCAGGGGGUCGCUGUGCUCCUGGACGCCACCAUCUGCCACGGGGACACCCAGGCUGGCCUUGGGUCCGGACGUGGGCUUGAACCCGAGUCGGAUCCCAAGAGUGCGGGUGCCGUCCCUGCCCCGGUCUGUGAGGCCCCUGAGGGACCCUGUCAGGACCCCCAGAGCUCCCGGGAGGAGGGGGCCCUUGCGGACCUGGCAGCUUACACCGCAGCCUGCCUGCAGGAGGCCGGCUUUGUGGGGACUCAGGCAACAGCGCUCACACUGUCCUCAGCUCCGGAGGCCCGGGGCGAGCCUCUGGAGGCGCAGGUGUAUGCCCUGGUGAGCCAGCUGCUGGCGCAGGUGCCCAGCCUAGCUGAAGGGAGGCCCCGGCGGGCAGCCCUCCGGGUGCUGAGCGCGCUGGCCCGGGAGCACGCUCGGGAGGUGGUGCGUGCGCUGCUGCGCAGCUCGCUGCCCCCAGACCGGGCGGCGGCUGAACUGUGGCCCAGCCUGAGCCGGAAUCAGUGCGUGAACGGGCAGGUGCUGGUCCAGCUGCUGUGGGCGCUGAAGGACCAGGCCGGGCGGGAGCUGGAGGCCUUGGCGGCCACUCGGGCCCUUGGGGAGAUGCUGGCUGUGUCUGGCUGCGUGGGUGCCACGCGGGGCUUCUACCCACAGCUCCUGCUCCUGCUGGUCACGCAGCUACACCAGCUAGCGCGGGGCGUGCGCGCCCCGGGCUCCCCGAAGGUGUGGGGCCCCUUGCAGCGGGGGCCGCCGCACAGCCACGCCAGCUGCGCGGUGGAGGCCUUGAAGGCCUUGCUCGCCGGGGACGGUGGCCGCAUGGUAGUCACGUGCAUGGAGCAGGCCGGAGGCUGGAGGAGGCUGGUCGGAGCCCACAGCCACCUAGAAGGCGUCCUGCUGCUGGCCAGUGCCAUGGUGGCCCACGCGGACCACCACCUGCGAGGCCUGUUUGCGAACUUGCUGCCGCAGCUGCGCAGCCCCGACGACGCGCAGCGCCUCACGGCGAUGGCCUUCUUCGCCGGGCUGCUGCAGAGUCGGCCCACCGCGAGGCUCCUGCGGGAGGAGGUCAUCCUGGAGCGGCUCCGGGCCUGGCAGGGCGACCCCGAGCCCACCGUGCGCUGGCUGGGCCUGCUGGGCCUCAGCCACCUGGCGCUGGACCGCGGGAAGGUGCGGCACGGGAGCAGGCUGCUGCCCGCGCUGCUGGGUGCGCUGGGCGAGGGCGACGCGAGGCUCGUGGACGCGGCGCUGGGCGCGCUGGGGAGGCUCCUGCGGCAGCCGCGGGCGCCCGUGCGGCUCCUGAGCGCCCAGCUGGGGCCGCGCCUCCCGCGGCUGCUGGACGACGCCCGGGAGUCGGUCCGCGCCUCGGCCGUGGGGCUUCUCGGGACGCUGGUGCGGCGGGGCCGGGGCGGGCUCCGGGUGGGGCUCCGCGGCCCCCUCCGGAAGCUGGUGCUCCAGAGCGUCAUCCCUCUGCUGUUGCGCCUGCAAGAUCCCAGCCGCGAUGCCGCUGAGAGUUCAGAGUGGACCCUGGCCCGCUGUGACCAGGCCUUGCGUUGGGGCCUGCUGGAGGACACGGUCACUGUGGCCCACUACGACAGCCCUGAGGCCCUAAGCCGCAUCUGCCACUGCCUGGCUCAGCGGUACCCAAGUCACACCCCCAGCUUCCUGAGCCAGACCCAGGGCUACCUGCGGAGCCCACAGACCCCUUUGCGCUGGGCCGCGGCCGUGCUCCUAGGCUUCCUCGUCCAUCACACCAGCCCUGGCCGUGUCAACCAGGACCUGCUGGACUCCCUGCUCCAGGACCUGGGACAGCUGCAGAGUGACCCAGAGCCCGCCGUGGUCGCCGCGGCUCACGCGUCCGCCCAACAGGUGGCGCUGCUGGCCCGCGCCCAAGCCGGGCCCCGCCGCCUCAGCCCAGGUCUCCUCCGCCUGCCCCUGCCUCUCCUCGGCCCAGGCCUCUGGCACCCCAGCCGGCCCCCCCGGCCCCCACCAGUCUACCCCACCAGCCCGUUCCAGCCCCGGAGCGUCAUAGGCCGCUGGGGCUGCCUGGGACCCAGCUGGACCUGA